GCUCUGCAACUGUGUACUCACCACUGUUCAGGAAGGAUAUGAAUGUGUCGAGAGCGCACUGAGGUUCUCAGUCUUUCAAGGAGUUCCCUUCUCCUUUUGCUCAUCAGCACUUGAGGGUAAGGUGCUAAAAGGCUGCUACCCAGGGCUCCCUAUUGCUGUGCGGUUAAUCAGAUACAGUAUGGAUGGCAGUGGCAGUGGCUGGACUGGAGGUCUGCUGCCCUCUGUUAGCGAGAAGACAACAGAGGGGGACUCGUCCUUUGAGAUGGCUGUUCAGAAUGACUCGGCCAACCACAGCUCCCUGUUUGCAGACGUGGCUCUGCUGCAGAGCUUCAAGCUGCUCAUCAUCCCCUGCUACUCCCUGGUGGUGGUGGUGGGUGUGUUGGGGAACUACCUGUUGCUCUACGUCAUCUGCCGCACUCGCAAGAUGCACAAUGUCACCAACUUCUUCAUAGGGAACCUGGCCUUCUCAGACAUGCUGAUGUGUGUGACCUGUGUACCCUUAACCCUGGCCUAUGCAUUCAACCCUCGUGGCUGGGUGUUUGGGAGGUUCAUGUGCUACCUGGUGUUCCUGAUCCAGCCGGUUACCGUCUAUGUGUCUGUCUUCACCCUCACCGCCAUCGCUGUUGACAGGUACUACGCCACUGUGCAUCCUCUGAAGAAGCGUACCUCUGUGUCCACCUGUGCUUACGUCCUGUCAGGGAUCUGGCUGCUGUCCUGUGGCCUGGUGGCUCCGGCCGUGGCCCACACAUACCACGUGGAGUUCAGAGAGGAGGGCCUCACUAUCUGUGAGGAGUUCUGGCUGGGACAGGAGAAGGAGAGGCUAGCCUACGCCUACAGCACCCUGCUGGUUACCUAUGUCCUGCCACUUUCCGCUGUCUGCACCUCCUAUCUCUGCAUCUCUUUCAAGCUGAGGAACUGCGUGGCGCCGGGACAUCGUUCCAGAGACCAGGCAGAGGCACAGCGAGCCCGAAAGCGAAAGAUCUUCCGUCUGGUGGCGUUAGUGGUGGCGGCCUUCGGGGUGUGCUGGCUGCCCAUCCAUGUGUUCAACGUGCUGCGUGACAUCGAUAUCCGCCUAAUCAACAAGCGCCACUUCCUGCUCAUUCAGCUGCUGUGCCACCUGUGUGCCAUGAGCUCCUCCUGCUGUAACCCCUUCUUGUAUGCCUGGCUGCACGACCGCUUUCGUGCUGAGCUGCGCAAGAUGUUCACCUGCCACCACCGCAUCGGCAUCCCCACCAACCACUGUGCUAUGGCCAGUGUGGUCCUCUGACUGUGCAGGGACAAGGAGAUAGAAGAGACACAAGACCUGUGAUACCUGUGUAAGCAUGUUGUUGGUCCAAUUUCCUGAUAAUGUUCAUGUUUGUUGGUGACCUAAUGUAAACAUAACAAGAGAUCAUCAUGAACAAUACAGGAAAUCUUGGAAUUACAGCUGAUUAUAGAGAUAUGAGGUGGUUUCCUCAUUGUUCAUAGGUAAACAAAUCAAUUGAACAUAAAUUAGGUGAUUGACUGGAAAUAAUCAUUAAAUGAGCAGAUUGAACAACAAUAAGAUGAAAUUCAAGAGACAAAAAGAGCAAGAGAUGAGAGACGAAAGACGGGAGAGAGGGAGAGAGGGAGGGAGAGUGGGAGAGAGGAAGAGAGAGAGAGAGAGAGAGAGAGAGAGAGAGAGAGAGAGAGAGAGAGAGAGAGAGAGAGAGAGGUCACUUCCCAUCAAUCUGUCCACAAGAGAUUCAUGUUUAACACUACUAGGAGAACAGUAGCAAAUAGGAAAAUCUAAAUCCACAAAAUGUUGUCAAUGCUCAUAAGAGGUCUUGUAAAUAAUACCAUUAGUUAAGUAAUCAUCACAGUAGUUGCUACAGGAAGACAUCUUCCAUUCAUCCAGAUGGACAGCUGUCUGCUGAAGUUAGAGCGCAGCACUUAGUGGACAGACAAUACAAUGUCAACUCAACUCAGUGUCCAGUAUGCUUCUGUCUGUUGUGUUAAUAGUCAGCUGCAGGUUUGGUCCCUAGACUGGUCAGCCUGGUCUCAUAGACUAGAUGUAACAUAGUAAAUGUAAAUCUGUAAAGACCCAAAUUAGUAUGACAUGAUACAUUUGGUAUGGUUACAAACAGAAAGUAGGGUGGUUGGUCGGGGUGGAUGGGUUCUAAAGCGAACGUCUACUAACCCAAGGUUGCGUGUUCGAAUCUUAUCACGGACAACUUUAGAUAAUUAGCAACUGUGCAACUACUUACUACUAUUUAGCUACUUUGUAACUACUUAGCAUUUUACCUUCCCCUAAUCAUAACCUUAACACUUUAACCUAACUCCUAACCCUCACCCUAACCUUAACCCUUUAACCUAACUCCUAACCCUCACCCUAACCUUAACCCUUUAACCUAACUCCUAACCCUCACCCUAACCUUAACACCUAACACCCAGCAAAUGUUAGCCACCUAGCUAAUGUUAGCUACAACAAAUUGGAAUUCGUAACAUAUCAUACAUUUUGCAAAUUCAUAACAUAUUGUACGAAUUGCAAUUCAUAACAUAUUAUACGAUUUGCAAUUCCUAACGUAUUGAAUAAAUGCAAUUCGUAAUGCAUCAUAUGAAUUGUCAUUCGCAAUAUAUCAUACAAAAUGGAUAAUGGACAUCUACAAACUAAUACAUACCAUACCCAGAAGUCAAAUAUCAUACUAAUUGAAGUAACUUGGAUUUACAUUUACUAUGUUAGGUCUAACCGAGUCCAGGUUGGACUGCACAUCCCUGGAGCACUGCCGAAUGAUGUGAUUACAGAUCUCGCUGUCUGCACCCUGUGAAUAAAAUUGCUUAAUAAAACAGUAGGUGAGCUUUUUCCCCCUAUGGUUAAGUUCUUCAUUUUUAUUGCAGUCUUCUCAGUCUCUUACAUAUCUUUGUUUGUGGGGAAUGUACCACGCCUCUGAAAACAGUCAUUCAGAAUGAGGUGUUAGUUAGGCAUUUGCUAAGGUCAUGCUUGCCACUGCAUGAUUGCAUUAUUGACUGAUUAUCAUAACUCCAGAAAGUUUCACUCAGGUGUUGAUUCUCAUUGUUUGUUUUUUAGACAAACCACAAGACUACCCACUUUCAAUACAUUUAAGCAAAAUGGUGGUUUGAUGAAGUUGUUAUGUAUCCCUUUGUAAUAAAUGGCCUUCUGUGGUUUGUGUCAUGCUAUAUAAAAUGCCUGUUAAGUGAUUGCAUGCAAUUAUGUGUAAAAUUCUCAAUAAACGAACACUGACAAUUG